UGCGUAUCUUUCUUUUCACUUAGUAUUAUUCGUCAAAAUUACUUCUAAUAGCAAAGAUUCGGAAGUGGAGUGUAUGACUCUUCACAUGAUGAUUUAUUAAGAUAUUUUAGGCCGCAGCGAAUAAGCUUGUAUGCGCAUUGUCAUUCCAAUACUACACAUUUUUGUGAAGGUCAUAAAGUACGACGCAAUGAAUAUAUCUACUCGGGAAUUAAGUUUAGACAAUACAUUAAAACAAAGAGAACUAUAUAGCAAAGCAAUAUAUUGCCAUCGAGAGCUGAGUGGGCAACGUCGAGAAGCAAACUCCCCGUGUCUUCAAUUGAGCAGUUUCACCGUGCGACUUUAUUUCUGUAACUCUUUGCACGAAACGUAGCUCUAAAGAGAGUCAUCGUGAAAGUGAAUCGAUCAAAAUACUCGUUUGACUUCGUUGGGUUGAUUAUUUCGUCGCAGCGCGCACAUGCUGUGCCUGUUCAAAUUAGACUGGCUGCAAAACCACGGUCGCUAGCAAAAGACAUUGUCAAGAUAAAAUCAGCAAGCAAUAGUUUUUUGGUAAAGGAUUACAUUACAAAGGAAUCGGUGCAAGUGGCGCAUAGGCAAACAAUAUUGCCAAAUUUCAAAUGUUUGCCUGGGCGGUUAAUGCAUAACGCUACUCAUAACGAAUACUCAUGGUCUUAUUUAAUUAGUAAAGUGCCUGAUUCGCGUUACUGCAGUCAAUUUCGGCGUAGUGUGGUCGCAUAUAAAUAUCGAUCACUUACUUUAUAAUUUAUUUCCAUUGCGUAUAGCUAAUGAAACUUUUUUCCUGGUCAUUUUUUUCUUGCGUGAUAUCUCUUUACGUUAGUUUGUAGUCCAAUUUCAAAAUACUUGGAGUUUUUCACUGUUCGAAAUCCUUCAUACACUGUCGAAAAUUCUUCAUACAUAAUAAUUUAGUCAUGAGUUUCUUUACCUUGUGCACUUAUAGAAACACCUAAUUAUAUAAGAGGUUGCAAAUAUCCGAAAAAAUUUUCUACGUCUCUCAGCUUUAAUCUCCCUGCAAAACAACUCAGCUGUGACCGUUAGGACUCAAAUAUCACUGGAAGGGUAAUCAUGUAAGCAGGCGACAAGCCAGAAUGCGACGGUCACCAAUAAAAUCUAGGCAAUGAUUAUGUGUGGCGUUAACUAGACUUAAUUUUUAAGCUUUGACUUUGUUUGCUAUAUGCAUGCAUAAGAGGUGCUCUCUCAAAGCUGUCAAAUCAGGGGUAAACCAAAUAGCUUACGCUUUGCAUUACCAUUGGUUAUUUAGAGUUACAUUAACAAGAGAAAAAAGCUGUACAAAUUUGUGGCUUUCAAACAAACGAACCAACAAAAAAAAUUUUAAAUUUGUGAAAUGUGACUAAAUUAAUUCUUUCCUUUGCUUUUAACUACGAUUGUCUAAUUAAUACUCUUAAUUCGCUAAAGCUUCUAAGUGCAUCACCAAUCUUUUUAUAUGUCAUCAUAUACUGUCGCUUUUUCUUCAAAAUAAAUUUCGAAUUGCGGUUUCCAUACAUAACUCACAGCCAAAUGGCUUUCAAGGUACGCCGUUCAGCAAAGUUGAUGUCGCCGGAACCAACUCUGCGUAAAAUAGGAUAAAAUGCUUACGUAAAAUAUAUAAAUCUAUAAUAAUUUCUAUCACGAACUAAACAAUAAAGUUUCUUUGAUAAAACGAGGCACAAAAGUUCAAUUUCACAACAAACAGACAAUAACAAAAAGAGGGAAAGCCUUUCGUUCACACUUGCAAAAAAGUGCCCUCACAGCUCGCCUCUUACUUGGUCAUAGUCUAAUUUUCUCUAUUAACUCAACAUACGAAACUGUACAUUUGUAGAUAUUCGCUGUUAAUAUUUUAAUCGUGGUUUUUUUUAUCUUAGCUUUAACCUUCGUUUAUCUUUCACGAAGCAAACGAAAGCAUUUACUUUGCCUUGCUUAAUGCGAUAUAGAUGGUAUAGAUUACUUCAUCUUUCCAUCUCCUUGCAGCUAGCUCACCAAACUCAUAAUCUAUCAUUUGUUGAAAGUGAAAUGAAACGUAAUAUCGCGUUCUAUACUAUAUAUAGUUUUUACUACAUACAACCAUGUGCAGAAGGGUUAAUACACAUACAAACAUCGCAUGCUUGAUUUCUAUGGCGUUUCGGUUUGUUAUUUUUUCAUCGAAAAAAUAUUCUUGUCCAUUACCAAAGUUGUGCACUAAGCUGCCAUAGAAGAAAAUAUCAAAUGGUAAAGAAGGGCUAACUUGUCCGGGACUCCUUUAAACCAAAGUGGCGGUCUGGUGUCUAUUAUAAUUUGUGGCCUGAAGUCGAGUUUUACAGCAGAAAAGAGUGCAGAGAGAAGCCAUCAUUUUACUUAAAAGAGAAAUAAAUUUUGAACACUAGUCGUAUCUGAACAAGUGCUCAUAAAGAGAUGUCUGGUAGAGGUAGAGGUAAAACAGGAACUUUAACCCAGGAGCAAUUGCAAAGUUUGGGUUGUGUGGGAAAGGAAAUGCCGCAAGUACAAACGGCACCUCCUCCGACCUACCCACCCUUAAUGACCAAAUCAGUAGUCUCAGAAACUACGGCGGAACAAAGUUAUAAAAUUUUAUGGAAGGAAAGCUUUUUGACCUAUAUAAGAGAUUCAUCAUGUUAUUUGGAACUGAAUGGGAUGGCGGACCCAGAUAAAAACUUGAUUUAUCAACAAAAAACUUGCAAUGACCAAGAUAAGCAUAAGUCGGAAGCAGAAUUUAAUUGGUUUUUGAUGCCAUCGGAAUUGCAAGUUAUCAAUAAAACGCGCAAAUUGGCGAUGAGAACAGCUAAAGACGCUACGAAACCAAAGCAAUCUAGAACAGCCAAUAUAGAAAAUCGCCUCAAAUUACUGGAGGAAAAGGAGCGUGAUAAUGACGACAUUGAAACCCUUGCUAAAUCCGAGUCAGACCAAGAACUGGAAGAAGAGGAAAUAGUUGAUGAUGAGAUGGAUGAAGAGAAUGAUUACGGUAAUAGUUAUUUUGACAAUGGCGAAGCUUAUAAUGAAGAAGAUGAUAAUAUGGAUGAUGAUCCCGUUUAUUAAAGUUUAUAGAUUAAAGUUAUAGAUUUUA